UACAGCGCCCUCAAGUGUUUACUUGAAACCCUAAUCAAGAUGGCUGCGCCCAUGCCGCAAAAAAAGUUUUACAGACAACGAGCCCAUUCUAACCCGCAUUCAGACCACUCCUUCGAGUAUCCAGUUGAUCCAGAUGGGAUGGAUUGGAGUGACCUCUACCCAGCAUUCUGUGCUGGGUCGCAAGCAGAGUGUGGCACGUCCAACAGUGAGAGCCAGCCCAAAGCCCAGGUGGAGUUCUUGGAUGUAGGAUGCGGAUAUGGUGGCCUUCUAGUGUCCUUGUCGCCCAUGUUCCCCCGCACGCUGAUGCUGGGUAUGGAGAUACGUAUGAAGGUGUCGGACUACGUCCAGGAUCGGAUCAAAGCGCUGAGACAGAAUCAGGAAGGGGCGUACCAGAACAUUGCCUGUCUGAGAGUUAACGCCAUGAAACACCUGCCAAACUUCUUCAGGAAAGGACAGAUAUCUAAGAUGUUUAUCCUGUUCCCUGACCCACACUUCAAGAAGACCAAACACAAGUGGCGAAUUGUCAACCAGACUCUUCUUGCCGAGUAUGCCUACAUCAUGAAAGAAGGGGGACUUCUGUACACAAUCACAGACGUGAAGGAGCUGCACGACUGGAUGUGUAAACAUCUGAGUGAACAUCCACUGUUCCAGAGAAUCACAGACCAGGAACAGGUCCAGGACCCAGUUGUGGAGUUGUUGGGUCAGUGCACCGAGGAAGGUCAAAAGGUCACGCGUAACAAUGGCGACAAGUUCCCGGCUGUCUUCAGAAGAAUCAAGGAUCCCUUCACAUGACGACAAACACUUUUUUACUUUUGUGUACAAUGUAUAUUUUUGAUGUCUUUCUUCCAUAGUACAUUGUAACCGGCAUUGGUAGAUGGUUCAUAAUGUAUCAGUGACACCAGAAUGUUUCAAAAUACACAACUAGGUCCGGCUGAGUUUGUAUCAGGCAUGCAACUGGGAAUUUACAACAACAAAAACAAGGACAUUCUAAACCACACAAGACUUUGUACAGUAUUUUUCAAUUUGUAAUGGCAUUCAUGAUAAGUAAAAAUCGAGGAUAUCAGCGGAUCCGAGGAAAAGUUGCAUUUCUGUAAAGUACGUAAUAACAUGACACCACGGCAUAUUUCAGUAAUUACAUGUAUACAGUUUAUUGGUAGUGUCUUCGUCUUUCAAACGAGAUACAAAUGCUGACUGAGUUUAAAACUAAAACUAAAUCUCAAGUUACUUGCGAUACAGAUACAUACAAGUACGAGUUCUGAAAGAAAGGAGCAGGCACAGAAAAAUAGAUGCGAACGUAACGGUGAAGGGCAAAAACCUCAUUUGAUUUACAUCACCCCGACGCAAAAAUUCCAUCUAUGAAUAGACUUUAAUGUCAUUGAAAAAACACUUUUUUCAAUUUGAAACAGCACGCCCAAUUAAAAAUGCAGGGUCAGGUCAAGUCUCGCAGACACAAUAGCACAAACAAAAUUGCAGAGCCAAUGAAGGAUUUUUUCAUCUUUUGAAACAGGAAAUUAAUAAAAUUAGGCCAUUUCAUUGACAACAACAAAUUGCAGAAGGAACGCAGAACGGAAAGUAAAAGAAAGUUGAUUUUUAUGGAAACUACACGCAGUGUAGGCUUGGUUUUAUAUUCAUGGACCAUAGAUAUGAAAUGGAAUUGGCAUUAAUCUUUCACAUGUUGUGAUAUUAUUAUUAGAAGUUCAAUAUAUCAAACAAUCAUUGAAGUUUUAAAUUUAUAAUCAUUUAUAUUGGAUGUCGUGUAAAUCGGCUUUAAUUUUCUCAAUUAAUGGUUUCAAUGAUGAAUAUAGAAAAAAUGAAAUAAAAGAUUUUUUUCAAAUUCCAUUCUUUUACUGUGUCCAUUUAGACUCGAUCAAAAGAACUUUAUGUUGAAAAAGGUUUUUGUCUCACAUGAUGUUGCCUUCAAAAUGUGUUUAUCUCCGACUCUGUGUAUCAGCUGUUUUUUUUUUAUCUUCACAUGCACAGAAAGAUAUUGAAUAUGAAUACAACACCCCUCUGAACGAAAACGUUAAAUUGUGGGUCUUUUCUUCAAUAUACAUGUACAAGUCUAGCGGCGCCUAACAGACUGGGUUUAAGUAAAAUGGCAAAUUCGGAGACACAUUUUAAUAGAACAAAGUUCUCUACAAAAGAGAUGAAUCUGAAACAUAUUUGUUAUACACUAUUAUGGCUAAAUCAUAUACAUAUAAGAAUGCUAGAGUUAACAGUAACUUUACCAUUUUCUCUAACCGGUUUACCAAGGUUUUAUCCACCAGUAACCAGGUUUAGUGGUUAAUCUUACCACUAUUAGCCAGUUUACCGAUCAGGUUAACACAUUUUCAUCUUAUCAGUUCUUUUUGAUUGGUCAAAUCAAAAUGCACUUUCCGUUGUAUUAAAAGGCAAUUUUGAAAGAAUUGUU